AUGUCGGAAUUUUUCGGACCAUGGAGCAACAAGGGCGACGACGACGACGCGGAGGUGGUAGAGGAAACUGUAGAGACAGUCACCACCACAACCAGGACAAGGAAAAGAUCAGCAGUAAGUCAACAGCAACCUCAAAUCUGUCUCGUGACUUACGGAACAAAUAAAACGCAGUAUAGACAUUUAGUGGCAUUCCGUUGCCGCUGUCUAACAGGUGAAAAAAACAUCUUUAAAGCGUUACAUAUAUGA